AUGGCGGCGUUCGCCCGUCACCCUUCGUCCGAUCCUAGGCAAUCAGAACUUCACGAUACACCUGUGAGGCAUGCAUCGCUGCUCCCUCAAGGGCCAUGCAAUUAUCGAGACAUCAACGCUGGCCCCAAAGCUCCCGCGUGUGGUUGUAGGCGCUUCUGGAGCAAUGGAGGACCGCAGCAUGCGUCUGGCAGCGAAGGACCGAGCAAGCAGUCACAAGGCGAGACAUGGUGCGCUUGCCGACAUCAUGCAUGCUUCCAUGAUACCUCCGAACGGAGUCCACUUCACAAGAACGCUGCCGGCCAGUCCAAUCCGGUCGGCAGUCCGCAUUUAAAGCCACCCGAGCGCUCGCCGAUCUACGUGCAGCUACAACCGUCAAAGGGAGAUGGAAGCCUACAGCUGAUGGUCGGCUCGCAGGUGGUGAGUGUUCUGGGACUCGACUCGAAUCGACGACAGGUCUCGAUCCCUAGUACCCAAAAUACCGGACGCUAUCGGACAUCGCAGAGCAAUGCCACUGAGAGUCUGUACGGGCGGAAAGACGCACUUGCAAAGGACGAUGCUGCCUCUAGGAUAUCGCAAGGAAGUCGUAACACUUCGCUCUACUCCGAGUUCCCCCCGAUCCCGCCAGAAUACCUCCUCAACUCCGACGAGUUACGACCUGCUAGUCAGAUGGGAUUCCCCCCGAACGAUCUCGCGAGCGAACGGCGUAUUCUUUCCAGCUCACGAAACAUCGCUGCAAAUCAAGGCUUGGGGUUGAUGAUUCCAGGGGCUCUACAUGGAACUCCAACACCGACUGUUCCUGACUCGCCUGUGCCUUCCACGAAUCAUUUGUCUGCCGAUGGGAGAACUUUAGAUCUUGGACUUGAUCCAGCCUUGAUGCAGGAUGCUAUUGGCCCCACGCAAGUGCUUCCGUCUUUCGAUGUUACGACAGCUCUUCCGGACAUCGACUGGGAUGGAGUCAUCCAGGACGCGGCGGAUCUCGCGACCACAGGCAAUACCAAUACCCCGGACUUAACCAACUUUCUUCAGACGCUCCAGGAAGCCAAAACGGUUGCCGCAACGUUAUCUGAAAAUACUUGCCAGACUAGUCCGCCAGGCCAUCAGACAGACACCAAGGCUGCAUCUGGAUCUCAGCCGUUGCACAGUCAGUCAUUCCAGGCUGCCGUAAAACGACUGCCCUCGCUUCUUCUCCAGCUCUCUCCAUUGCUGAGCUCCCUCGACGACCAUAUCAAGAAAUACCCCAGCAUCUCCACGUCGCUUACGAGCCUCAAGAACCGAGUGGAAGCGCUCGAGACGACGUCGUUCUCCGUGGUCCAUCCGGAAGAAGUCGAGGAAAAAUUCGACCAAUUUGACUCACGCCUUCUCGAAAUCGAGAAUAAGCAGGACGACCAUGACCGGAGACUGGUUUCGCUCGAUGUCGAACAUGAUCAGCAGCUUUGGCAAAGAGCGAGCAAUAAUGGCUCAACCGGGUCAGCAUUGGUAUCUUUCACAAGUUCUGCUGCGAUGGAUGCAGCCGAAACCGAGGAGAAACUCCGUGAUGUCGAAGACCGUCUCCAGAUUCUUGAGACGUCAGCUCCCCCUUCUUUCGAAGCCCCAUGGGAAAUCGAAGUAGUCUUCCUGCCCUGGGGCCAAGAUCUAAGAGGGGUCUGGGCUGCUGCUCGAGACUUCAAGCAGCAUACCGCGAAUACCACACAAGAAUCGGAGGAAUGGGCCCAAUCUCGGGGUUUGCGAUCGACCAGUCGCAUCUCAUCCCUCCACGAGCCGAAGUCAAGUGGAUGGAGCAGUCAAGCGAUCCAAGGCUGGGUCGAGGGUGAAGGCGAGUUGCUAUAUGGAAAAGCUUGCAACACCAGCGGAAUCGUAUACAAGCGCCUUCGGAGUCGAGGCCUGAUUUGCGAUGUCGUUCUUACCAGUCCUGGAGCUCGCGAAGUCUCAACUGCCAUCGAGAAGGCUCUCGGUGAUGUCUUGAUCGCAAUUGCAGGCAAAGGUCCCUUUGACGGUGAAGCGCGAGAAGCCCGUGGCCAGGAUGAAACACUUGGACUGCUCGCAAAGACCAUCCCUUUGCGCAAGAUUCACAGGUCCUCACGACUACGUUUCCUCUCGCCUGGGGAAAUGGUCACAUCCGCCCUUUGGACAGCCGAAUUCCUAGCUUCCGGCAUCAUGAUGCGUGGAUCUGGCAAGAAACGCUUAUUUGUGACUCAUAACGCUGCCUAUCGCCAAGACAAGGAAGAUCAAGCUGGUGGGUGGACAUGGCAACAGCUUCGGGAGCUUCCUCGUAUAUACCAAAACGAGGAGCUCCAAAACGAGGAGCUCGCGCAACACGAAGACGAGGCCUCAGUCGGGCAUGUCGCAGAGGCAGACGCGAAGGAGGCGUGCUGGGCAUAUCACCCGAGUCUUGAUCCCGUUCCGAGCAACCAGAGUUCAUUUGCUUCCCAUGCGUCGGGGUCGUUCUCCCACCGGCCUAACAGCAGCCACAACGACCAGUACAGUGUGGAAAUUGAUGAAGGGAAAUCCAGCAUGCUCUAUCCUCAACCAGAGAGACUCCGGUCUUCGAAGGAAACCGGCAUGUCUGAAGAUGUACAAGGAGUCUUCCAUCCAAUCACCCCGAUCUCAGAGUUCCCUCCCUUGACCACACCCAGAGUCCUGCGAACCGUCUCCGAUCCACUUGCGGUCAAUUCUCACCUCCAGCAACCCGAACGUCGGAUCGCCUCUUUCGGUGAAGCUGGACCCCCGACUCUCAAGACGUCUGGAAUAGCGCGACCAUCAUCCCAGCUCUCCCCUCUCAAGCGUGGAAAAGCCAAGCGCCGUCGUCUAGAGGGAGCGCUUGGUGAUGAUUUCGCCAUGUUAGACCCGAUCGAACCUCCCAGUUCUCCCUUCCAAUUUGCUCAACAGCCCGAUUAUGCCAUGCCUUCGCGUCCCUCUCGUCAUAGCCGUGCAGAUUCUACCGGCUUUUCCGGCGCUGCCUGGGCUCCAACCCCUGCCCGCUCACAUGACCCUGGCCCCGAGGCGUCGGACGAUUUUGCAUAUGAAUUUGACGAUCCGAAGGACCUCUCUGGAAAUCCCGACGAACCUGCUCACCCACCUGUCAGGCCUUCCACGUCCGGCUCCGUCUCGACCGUCCCGGUGGCAGUGCUCGCGAGCACGCCAGGCCAAUACACCCGGGGCUAUGCACCACGCAGCGCAGUGAGAGGACAAACGCGGAUCAGCGGAAGCAGCGGUGGGAAUCGCCGGAGGAGUAUCAGGAGCAUUACUCCAUGUGCUUAUGCUACUCCGUUCUCGGGGCCAGGAGGUGGGUAUUUGCGGAGGGGAAGUGGGAGUGCUAUCGGGAGUAAUAGCGGCGGAGGGAGUAUUAACCAGGGUAUUGCAGCUUACGGUGGAAACGACUGGGCCAUUGAUCCAAGUGAAUUGGGUUUGAUGUCCGUAGACGAUUUUGAGUACGAGUUUGGAGAUGAUGAUGGGGAUGACGAUGAAGACGAUGAUCGAGAAGAGCAAGCGUUAAGGCUGAGCGACGUUGAAGGACUUGAAAGGGACGAAGAUGACGGGGACGAGGAGGUUUGGGAAGGGGUAGCAGAGGAUGCAGAUACCGAUCAAAUUGAGGGCGAAGGAGAACAGAGAGCGUCGCCCCAUCGACGGCGUUGA